GGGGUUAUCAGCGCCCUAGGACAUCCCGCUGUGACUACCUCGAGGUAGCUACGCACUUAUCGUGGGACAUUGAUCUCACCUGUGCUGAUACAUUGAUAAAACCUGGGGUCUGUAACUGGGUCGAGGCCUGCUCGUCCUCCCGUGGUCAAGUUGCAACAGGGAUCUCGGCCGCCGCUCUCCGCCGGACAAAGUCCCCCCCAAGCUCCUCAGGACAAGCACAUCUCGAGUUGCUCGAGAGUCUACGCACGAGCAUUGGUGCUUCACAGGCCGACACAUAUCACGUCCUCUAGAAUCAGAUCAUUCGAUUUCUGAAUCCAGCACCCUGCCCAACCACGCCACAGAGUCAGAGUCAGAAUCAGAAUCAGCACCAUGGCGUCCACAUCAUCAUCCAAGGUUGUGGACAUCCACACCCACAUGUACCCUCCAGCCUAUGUAGACAUCCUCACCUCGCGGGACACCAUCCCCUUGAUCCGCAAGUUUGAAGGCGUCAAGGAUCCUCGGUACAUCAUCCUCAAAGAUGAGCUCGAGGCUCUCGACAAGGCCGCCGCCGACGGCUCGGCGCCCUCACACCUGCCAGGCCGGCCUGUGACGUCGCACUACUCGUCCCUGGACCAAAAGAUCCAUUUCAUGGACACGCACAAGAUCGACAUCUCCGUCAUCUCCCUCGCCAACCCGUGGCUCGACUUUGUCGCCACAGAGGAGGCGAGCAGCACGGCAAAGUCUGUCAACCAAGAGUUCUCAGACAUGUGCGCCAAGCACCCGGGCCGGCUCUUUUUCUUUGCGACAUUGCCGUUGACGGCAACCCCAGAGGACCUGCUGGCGUCCAUCAGCCACAUAAAGGCUCUCAAGUACUGCAGAGGUGUCAUUCUCGGCACGAGUGGCCUGGGCAAGGGACUUGACGACCCGGCUCUACUGCCAGUCUUCCAGUCUCUGGCGGACAACAAGCUCACCAUCUUCCUGCACCCGCACUACGGCUUGCCCAGCGAGGUCUGGGGCCCUCGGUCGAGCGACGAGUACGGCCACGUCCUACCCCUGGCUCUGGGAUUCCCCAUGGAGACCACGAUAGCCGUGGCGCGCAUGUACCUGGCCGGCGUCUUUGACAAGGUGCCAGAGCUGCGCAUGCUCCUCGCCCACAGCGGCGGCACGCUGCCGUUCCUGGCCGGCAGGAUCGAGAGCUGCAUCGUCCAUGACGGGCACCUCGUGCGCGAGGGCAAGGUGACGCCCUCGCGCAGGACGAUAUGGCAGGUGCUCAAGGAGCAGGUCUACCUGGACGCCGUCAUCUACUCGGAAGUCGGGCUCAAGGCCGCGAUUGAUGCCAGUGGCGUGGACCGCCUGAUGUUUGGCACUGACCACCCGUUCUUCCCGCCGUUGACGAGCGACGAGCAGGGCGAGUGGGAGAGCAUGACCUGGAACAUGGAGGCAGUCAAGAAGGCGCUCGGAGACGGCUCCGAGGGCACAAAGGCUGUCAUGGGCGGGAAUGCAGUGUCCGUGCUGCGGCUGUAUGAGGAAUAGGCGCUGCAAUACAACUGCGUUAAACGUGUAUAUGUCAGAUGUAGGAGGAGAGCUUCGCAACGUGACUUGAUAUGCAGAGAGUGCGAAAGUGACAGCAACCAGC